AUUUGGCAGUAUUGCAUAUCUGUCAACUUUACUAAUAUCUAAGUUUAUUUAUAAAAGGUCUUUGUUAUAAAUUCAAAUUCUUUAAAGUUUUUUUUUUUUUGUUUUUAUAGAAUUGGGAUAAACACGGUCUUUUUGUAAUGCCCUAAAUUUCUUUUUAAAAAAAACAACAGCUGUACAUAAUGGCUAACGACACACCCGAAAGUGAUUUUUCUAUAGAAUGCUUUCAAAAUUACUCGGCCCCUGAAGUGUUUGUGCAAGGCCUAGCUGGAAUGGUAGACCAGUCUGACGUGGAAACAGUUAUUAGGGCCCAAAAAAAUAUGUUGCAGAGAUUUGAAAAAACAACAGAGAUGUUAACAAACUGCAAUCAGCUAUCUGCCAGCCGACUCCGUGCUGCAUCUGUAGAGUUCAAGAAACACACGCAACUACUCCUCGAGAUGAGGAAAGACCUGGAGUUUAUAUUUAAAAAGAUACGAGCCAUCAAAACUAAGCUCAGCACUCAAUAUCCUGAGGCGUACAAAAUAGCCGUAGCUGCAUCGACUGCUAGUAAGAAACCUAUUGAUGAAGAAGAGGAAUUGAAAACUGCCACCACCAAAACGGAGUCAAAAAUGGUGGCAACUGUCUCCACAGAAACUUUAAAACCUACCACAAGUGAUGACAGAAAGAAGAAAAAGGAUUCUAAAUUGCAGAGUGAUGAAACUAAUAAUAAUACUGGUGACACUAUCAGUACAGAGGAUAAAAAGGAAACCGGGAAGAAGGUGAAGAGGAACAGUAGCUCUUCAGAGACGGAGAGUGCCAGUUCUAGUGAUGACAGCAGCACAGAUACGGGUUGAAAUUGUUAAAAAUAUAGUCAAUAGUUUUCUUGGAACUGUUUGAGUGCCCAGAAGGGUACAAAAGGCGCUUUGCUUUAUGUGAGUUAUAAUAUAUUAAAUUUCCAUUCCCGCUGUAUUUAAUGUGGACAUUGAAAAUGUAAUAUUAACAGAUUUGUAGGUACAGUUUGACCAGUGGGUUAUUUGGAAAUGAAUAUUAUAUUAGGAUUCCUUUAAAAGGAUGGGAAAGGACAUAGUUGGUUUUCAUCCUAGUUUAGCACUUUAUCCAUAUAUAAAAUCAUGGGUAAAAUAUAACAUAGUAUAAUAAUUUACUAAUAUAUAAAACUGUUGAUACCAGAGGGAGACUUUGUACAAAAGUCCAUUGUUUGGGUACCUGUUCCAUUCGUGUUUCUACCGUGAAGCAGUUGUGUUUGCAUGGCUGUGUUUCAGUUUGAAGGGUGGGAUAUGGCGUGAAUUUACAAUGUACAGAGGUAUAACACCUCAGUCCUCAGGAAUGGCAACGCAUGGGGGUAUCAUGGGUGAAACAGUAUACUCUGUUAUGUCCAUGGUACUGCUCAUGUCUAUAGGCGACGGUUACCACUUUCCAUCAGGUGGGCCGUCAGCUUGUUUGCCAUUCUAAGUUGUAUAAAAAAAUACAAAUAAAAUUAUAAUGGGAUUUUGAAGUGUGUCUAAAUCCACACCAAUACUAUGCCAGGGUCAGCGCUUUUACCUGCAAAGCUUUCUCCAUUAAUAUAUACAAAAACUACACACAUUUACUGUCUGUAUGUAUGAAUAUUUGUCAUGAUUGUGACAUGUACAAUAUAGUAUAAAAAUACUAUAAUAUAAAUACUAAAUUCCAUCUAUGAAUAUAAAUUUUUAGAUUUAAAAACAUAUGUAACUAUGUAUAUUAAUUAUUGUUAAAAAGAAGUGUCACUUGUAUUUAUGAUUGUAAAUAAAUCAGUAUUUAAAA